UAAAUUAAUUAUUUGCUUUUAAUAAUAUUUCAUGGACUCUGGGAAUUAUUUCCUGCUCUUCCAAUGGCGUCUUACUUACCUUUAAACUAAAGCCCCAAAUAACGCAAUAACCAAAAUUCUUCUUUCUAUAUACUCGCUCCCUCCAAUCGUAAAGCCCCACCGCAAUCCAUCUACGAGACCGAUGGCCCGAAGAUCCAUACCGUUCCUCAAACAACUCUUGACCUCUCCAUCUUCUAACCUCACACCGACCCGAUCCGUCACCUACAUGCCACGGCCGGGCGACGGUGCACCGCGACCCGUUACCUUGAUCCCGGGUGACGGGAUCGGCCCUCUGGUGACGGGUGCCGUGGAGCAAGUGAUGGAGGCGAUGCACGCGCCUGUGUACUUCGAGCGAUACGAGGUUCACGGCGACAUGAAACGCGUCCCUCUAGAAGUGAUCGAGUCGAUUAAGAAGAAUAAAGUUUGUUUAAAAGGAGGAUUGGCUACGCCGAUGGGAGGAGGUGUCAGCUCGCUGAACGUCCAGCUAAGAAGAGAGCUCGAUUUGUACGCUUCGCUUGUCAAUUGCUUCAAUUUGCCUGGCUUGCCUACGAGGCAUGAGAAUGUUGAUAUUGUGGUGAUUAGAGAGAACACCGAAGGCGAGUACUCUGGCCUCGAACACGAGGUCGUCCCUGGAGUCGUCGAGAGCCUUAAGGUGAUAACAAAGUUCUGUUCGGAGCGAAUCGCAAAAUAUGCAUUCGAAUAUGCUUAUUUAAACAAUAGAAAGAAAGUGACCGCUGUGCAUAAAGCCAACAUUAUGAAGCUUGCUGAUGGGUUGUUCUUGGAAUCAUGCCGAGAGGUUGCUACCAAGUAUCCAGGGAUUAAGUACAAUGAAAUAAUUGUGGAUAAUUGCUGUAUGCAGCUUGUUUCGAAGCCUGAGCAGUUUGAUGUCAUGGUGACACCCAAUCUUUAUGGCAAUUUAGUUGCAAAUACAGCAGCUGGUAUUGCUGGGGGCACUGGAGUUAUGCCUGGAGGCAAUGUUGGGGCUGAUCAUGCUGUUUUUGAGCAAGGGGCUUCUGCAGGAAAUGUGGGCAGUGAGAAACUGCUGGAACAGAAGAAAGCCAACCCAGUGGCCGUGCUUCUGUCAUCUGCUAUGAUGUUGAGACAUCUGCAGUUUCCCUCAUUUGCCGAUCGAUUGGAAACUGCUGUGAAACGGGUUAUAUCGGAUGGCAAGUACCGCACAAAGGACCUUGGAGGAACUAGUACCACUCAAGAGGUUGUUGAUGCAGUCAUAGCUGCGUUAGACUGAGUGAGAGGGUAGUUGAGUAGUCAGUGCUUUACAUAGAAAGUUUGUCCAUCUAUUGUGGGAAUUUCCCUCGCAAACUCUUCAUUUUGAGCUUGGAUCAAUAACUGUUGAUUUUAUUCAGUCACAAUUGAAAUUAUCAUGUCUAAAUAAU